UGUGACAUACCUUGCCUUGCAUACCUUUUCUGCCCCUUACGCUCUAACUGCUGAUUACCAUGAAGCGCAGGACCGACGUAGCCUUUCAGGCGCCCAACAAGCGGCCAAAAGUAUUAGAUGAUGAUGAAGACACUUCCAGCGAUGACAGUGAUGCUGGAGAUGAACAUCGUCAAAUUCAGCCCUCCGAUGAAGAAAUACCUGCCGGAGAACUGAGCAGCUUAUCCCGCUUCAAAACAAAAGAUACCUCACAACCGAAACCUGCUCUGACCGCCACGACUUCAAAACAUACCUCCUUCUCAGACUUGGGAGUAUCUAGACCACUGCAGGCCGCCCUCACCUCCAUGUCAAUACGAACGCCAACAGAAGUUCAGGCAGCGUGUAUACCUCCUCUCUUGUCAGGCAGGGACUGUAUCGGAAACGCGAAAACGGGUUCAGGAAAGACCAUCGCAUUCGCCCUACCCAUACUCCAAAAACUUGCUAUAGACCCCUACGGGAUAUUUGCGCUAGUAUUAACACCCACUCGAGAGUUGGCCUUUCAAAUUUCGGAACAGUUUGCAGUGCUUGGAUCUGCGUUGAACAUUCGCACGUCCGUCAUUGUUGGAGGUAUGGAUAUGAUGGCUCAAAGUUUGGAACUUGGGAACCGCCCCCACGUUGUCAUUGCAACACCAGGCCGUCUCGUUGACCAUUUGAACAGCGGAAGCGGGGAAUGGAAUCUGUCACGGGUGAAAUUUUUGGUCUUAGAUGAAGCAGAUCGUCUUCUUACACCAACUUUCGCACCGGAGCUUGCCCAUCUUUUCGGGGUUCUUCCCAAAUCACGGCAGACAUGCUUAUUCACCGCGACCAUGACCGAUUCAAUAGAAAACCUAGCUAAUGCAGAACCGCAACCCGGGAAACAGAAACCAUUCGUACACAGAAUGUCCGAGACUAUUGAGACUGUGGCGACGCUAAAACAGCACUACCUUCUCGUGCCAUCGCACGUUCGAGAAUCCUAUCUGUAUUAUUUGCUAUGCAAUCCGCCGGAGUCAACGUUACAUAUGCGGCGCGCACCACCUGAGCCGGUCAAAAAAAUUGGGAAACCAUCAAAGACCAAACGGGAUAAAAAGAAAUCAACGGAUGAAGAAGAUGUUCCGGAGCAACCGCCUCCAACAAUUAUAUUUUGCAACCGUCCCCGAACAGCAGCCUAUCUGACGCUUGUACUGAAGACUCUAUCAAUACGAAGUACAGCUUUACAUUCGCGGCUGACGCAGCGGGAACGACUCUCAUCACUCUCGUUGUUCCGGUCGUCGGUGGUACCCGUCCUGAUAUCAACGGACGUGGGUAGUCGUGGUCUCGAUAUUGAAGACGUUGCGCUGGUAAUAAAUUGGGACAUGCCCAUGGAGCCGGAGGAAUACACGCACAGAGUUGGUAGAACAGCACGUGCAGGUAAAGGGGGUGUCGCUAUCAGUUUUGUAACGGAACGUGACGAGGACCGAGUAUUGCGGAUAGAGGGUCGAAUCAACACGCAAUUAACCGAGAUGAACGUACCCGAGGCUCGAGUGCUAGAAAAAUUAAAUGCUGUGUCUACCGCCAAACGACUGGCGAAUAUGGAAUUACAUGACUCUGACUUUGGGAAACGCGAAAAAAUACACAAAAUCAAGCAGGGAGAUUCCCGGUCCGAGUCAGGGACCAAUCGUAGGGUAUGAUCGAGCGGAGCGAUACUGCUGCGGUGACGCUGAUAGCCAAGUGCUGAUUAAUUCAGUAAGAGUACUACAUGUAUACCUUUUACCAGGACCGUGUGACUGUCGGGCACAUAAUUGAGUUAUAUAUAGCAGACGGGAUUAGAUAAUCACUGCUUGAUUGGUGUAGACUCGUGCAGGAAUUU